GAGAGAGAAGAAACGAGAAGCAUCAGUCAUGAUGACUUUUUCGUGCUCUAAUCAAGUUUCCUAAACCGCACUACUUCCCUCCCCUCCCCCCUCUCUCCAAUCAACGAAAGAAACAGGAAAAAAAAUGAUUUCUAGUUUGUGCGGUUUCAAAGUCAAAAAUAAAUAAUAUAAUGUAAAAAGAAAGAAAGGGAAACAAUUUAAAAUGUCGAAUGGUCCAUAAUAAAUGCCCAGUGAUUGAGAAGAGUUGAUAUCAUAAAAGACUAAAGAUGAAGAAUUUUUUCAUCAUAGUGUGUUUAUUGGUGUUUGCUUUCUCCAUUGAAAAUGCACCUUUACCUCAAGAAAAAAUGCCUUCCAAGGAAAUGGAGAACUUCAUGAAACGCUUUGGGUACAUCAAGUCAGGGGGACCCAACGAUGCGGAUGCCCUUAUAACAGUGGAAGGUUUUAAAGAAGCCAUCCUUCAAAUGCAAAGGUUCGGUGGUUUACCAGAGACAGGCGAAAUGGACGAAGCCACCAUCAAUCUCACCAAAGCAGCGAGAUGUGGAGUGCCUGACAUUAUUGUGACGAAUAGAAGAAAAAAAAGAUUUAUUAUAGGAUCAGACGCAUGGAAAAAAAAACAACUCACAUAUUUCUUAGCAAAUUGGCCGGCUGAACUAGAUCCUGAACUAGUUGGUAGCAGACUUUCAAAGGCUUUUAGUUUGUGGUCUGAAAUAUCCCCUCUAAGAUUUGUACCCAAAAACAGUAUGGAUGCGGAUCUGAUAGUCGCCUUCGGAAGUCGAGCUCACGGCGAUGGUUAUCCUUUCGAUGGUCCUGGAAGUGUAUUGGCUCAUGCUUUCUUCCCUUAUGAGCAUGGACCUUUCGGUGGGGACAUACACUUCGAUGAUGAAGAGAAUUGGAUUGAUGGAGCCUCUCUAAAUCAAAACACUUAUCAAGAUGAUGGUGGUGUUGACUUCUUCACUGUGGCUGCUCAUGAAUUGGGACACAGUCUUGGUCUCGCCCAUUCCACUGUUCCUGCAUCCAUUAUGUUCCCUUACUACAAAGGUUACGAUUCUAACCUUCGGCUGGACUAUGACGACGUAUAUGCUAUGUAUUCCAUGUAUGUAUUGAAUCCUGAUUUCGAGGAUGAAAGUUAUGAAGCCUAUUCCGAUGAUUCCAGAAUACACCCUACAGAUGAUAGUCGCAGCGAUUCUCAAACAGCGACUACAGAAAAAUUAUAUUUUCCUAGCACUGAAACGAGUGUAGAUUACACAGACUACGAUUGGUCUUCACAAAGUGAUACUGAUGAUGAUUUUACAUCAACAUCAGGGAGAACAACGGAUCACAUCCCAAUGAAUCCUACUUCAGUUCCCAGAAAAGAAGACAUCUGUAACGGUUCAUUGGACGCUGCUUCACUCAUAAGAGGAGAGCUAUUUGUUUUUAAAAAUAAUUAUAUGUGGCGUUUUCGAGAUCGAGAUGAGAUGUUACCAGGUUACCCAGUCGACUUCCACUUAUUUUUCAGAAGUUUACCGGUGUCCAUUCGUUCUAUAGAUGCAAUCUAUCAACGACCCACAGAUUACAACAUCAUUUUCUUCACGGGAUCCUAUUACUGGAUUUUCGAUGGAAAUAGCUUUACACAGGAUAGUCCUUUGCCAUUAACCAAUCUUGGAUUACCUGCUGAUUUGGAUCGACUGGACUCGGCCAUUGUGUGGGCAAAAAAUGGAAAAACUUAUUUUUUCAGAAGAGAUUUAUAUUGGAGAUAUAAUGAGACCACCAAAGAGAUGGAAAAAAAUUAUCCGAAAAAGACAACAAGUCGAUGGCGUGGAAUUGAUAACAACAUCGACACAGCUUUCACGUGGAAAGAUGACAAAACGUAUUUUUUCAAAGGAAGUAUUUUUUGGAGAUUCGACAACCAAAGAGUAAGCACUGAUGAAAACUACCCUUUACAUAUAUCGCAGUAUUGGUUUGGCUGUACAUCAUCAAGUGUUUGAAACUCUGUAAAUACUGCCAUCGUUACAUUUUAUAGAUAAAGCUGCAUUCAUUUGUAGAGUAUCCUCCACCAAUAAAUGUCAGUGUACAUUUUUUAAA